CAAAAAACUCUCUUCUUUCACUUCCUUAGUCUCUCUGCACCUCACAACGCCAAUGGCUUCUUCUGCAACACUGUUUCUGCAUUACCCUCUUCGUCUUCUUCUCCAUUCUCCUCUUUCUACCAAAAUUACCAAACCACCCCUCUUACCGCGACCCCUUCUUUUCCCUCGCCCCCUCCACUCGCGCUUCCUCCUCCCUCCGCCACGCGCCUACGUUGCCGCGCUCGCAUCCGACCCGAAUUUCGGAGACCCGGAUCCGAAGCUUUUCGGGUCGGGUUCGGAGAAGGCAAAACCGCAAAACGUGAUCACGUGGAGCCUCCUCUGCUCGCUUCUCAUGAACCACAAACUGCGCCUGCUUCUCGUGGCCGCCACGCUCUUCGCCAGCUCCACCUGUACCCUAUCCAUGCCCCUCUUUUCCGGACGGUUUUUUGAAGUUCUAAUUGGAGCUAGACCUGAACCGUUGUGGAAGCUGCUAACUCAAAUUGGACUUCUGUAUGCCUUGGAGCCACUUGCAACUAUCAUUUUUGUUAUAAACAUGAACAUAGUGUGGGAGAAAAUUAUGUCGACAUUAAGAGCUCAGAUCUUCGGAAGAAUAUUGAUUCAAAAGAUUGAGUUUUUUGACAAAUACAAGGUUGGUGAACUCACAGGUUUGUUAACAUCUGAUUUGGAUUCUCUUAAAAAUAUUGUCAGUGAGAAUGUCUCAAGGGAUCGCGGAUUCAGGGCAUUAUCUGAGGUCAUUGGAACCAUAUUCAUACUUUUUUCUUUAUCACCGCAACUGGCACCUAUUCUAGGUGUUCUGAUGCUCUCAGUUUCCAUUUCAAUAGCUAUCUACAAGAGAUCUACAUUGCCAGUUUUUAAAGCACAUGGGAUGGUCCAAGCAUCUAUAUCUGACUGUGUGACUGAAACGUUUUCUGCCAUUCGAACAGUAAGAUCCUUUGGUGGUGAAAAGCGCCAAAUGUUCUCUUUUGCUAAUCAGGUUCUAUCUUUCCAAUCAAGUGGGAUAAAGCUUGGGACUUUCAAAUCUGUAAAUGAAUCUUUAACUAGAGUUGCAGUUUAUAUUUCUUUAAUAGCAUUAUACUGUCUUGGAGGAAGCAAGGUUAAAGCGGGUGAACUCUCUGUUGGAACCAUGGCAUCUUUUAUUGGAUAUACUUUCACUUUAACAUUUGCUGUUCAAGGACUGGUUAAUACUUUUGGAGAUCUUCGUGGAACUUUUGCUGCUGUUGAGAGGAUCAACUCUGUUUUUUCUGGAGUUCAAGUUGACGAUGCCCUGGCUUAUGGCUUAGAAAGAGAACUGAGACAAAAAACAGUGGAUGAUGAAAACUAUAAAUGGGUCUUGUCCAAUAUUUCUACCGAGAAUAACCAAAAAAAUUAUUUUCACUUUAUGUCAGCUCUUAAAACAUCAAGCAAUUUAUUCAGCUUAGCUUGGUCCGGAGAUAUUUGCCUUGAAGAUGUAUAUUUCUCUUAUCCAUUAAGGCCGGAUGUGGAAAUCUUACGUGGCUUAAAUUUAAGACUAAAAUGUGGAACUGUAACUGCACUGGUGGGUCCAAGUGGUGCAGGGAAAAGUACAGUAGUCCAGCUAUUGUCUCGUUUUUAUGAGCCAACAAGUGGCUGUAUAACGGUUGCAGGAGAGGAUGUCCGAACAUUUGACAAGAGUGAAUGGGCCCGGGUUGUCUCUAUUGUAAAUCAAGAGCCUGUUUUGUUUUCGGUGUCUGUUGGAGAAAACAUUGCAUAUGGGCUUCCAGAUGAAGAUGUCUCUAAAGAAGAUGUCAUUAAGGCAGCAAAAGCUGCAAAUGCUCAUGACUUUAUAAUUUCACUACCACAGGGCUAUGAUACACUUGUUGGUGAGCGUGGAGGCCUAUUGAGUGGAGGACAGAGACAGAGAAUUGCUAUAGCCCGCGCUCUCCUAAAGAAUGCUCCCAUCCUUAUACUUGAUGAGGCUACCAGUGCCCUGGAUGCUGUGAGUGAGCGCUUGGUCCAGGAAGCUCUCAACCAUUUGAUGAAGGGAAGAACCACAUUAGUAAUAGCCCACCGAUUAAGCACAGUCCAAAAUGCAUAUCAAAUUGCAGUGUGUUCUGAGGGGAGGGUUGCAGAAUUAGGCACUCAUUUUGAACUAUUGGCUAAGAAUGGCCAAUAUGCUUCACUGGUUGGCACACAAAGGCUUGCCUUUUUUGAAUAAAUUGGUGUUAUAAAAGUGUGAAUAUGUUCUGUUAUACCAAAUAGCAAUGCACCAUACAUAGAGCUGGAUAAUUAGCUUGCAGACUUGCAGAAAAAGAGAGAUUGAGAGAGCGGAAAAGAAUGGGAUAAUAAAUGUAAAUGAAUAUUGUAUUAGACUUCACUCUUCUUUUCUUAGUACAUUAUACUUGCUUUA